AUGGCGACUUUCCCAGUUGUUGACUUGAGCCUUGUCAAUGGUGAAGAGAGAGCAGCAACCUUGGAGAAGAUCAAUGAUGCUUGUGAGAACUGGGGUUUCUUUGAGCUGGUGAACCAUGGGAUGUCUACUGAGCUUUUGGACACUGUGGAGAAGAUGACCAAGGAUCACUACAAGAAGACCAUGGAGCAAAGGUUUAAGGAAAUGGUGGCAGCCAAAGGCCUCGACGAUGUCCAGUCCGAAAUCCACGACUUGGACUGGGAAAGCACCUUCUUCUUGCGCCACCUUCCUUCCUCAAACAUUUCCGAAAUCCCUGAUCUCGAGGAAGAGUACAGGAAGACCAUGAAGGAAUUUGCAGUGGAACUGGAGAAGCUAGCUGAGAAGCUUUUGGACUUGCUGUGUGAGAAUCUUGGACUCGAGAAGGGUUAUCUGAAGAAGGUUUUCUAUGGAUCCAAGGGUCCGAAUUUUGGGACCAAGGUCAGCAACUACCCUCCAUGCCCCAAGCCAGACCUGAUCAAGGGACUCCGGGCCCACAGCGACGCCGGUGGCAUCAUCCUGCUUUUCCAGGAUGACAAGGUCAGCGGCCUCCAGCUUCUCAAGGAUGGUGAAUGGGUGGAUGUCCCCCCAAUGCACCACUCCAUUGUCAUAAACUUAGGUGACCAGAUUGAGGUGAUCACCAAUGGGAAGUACAAAAGUGUGAUGCACCGGGUGAUAGCUCAGUCGGAUGGGACCAGAAUGUCGAUAGCCUCGUUCUACAACCCAGGCAACGACUCAUUCAUCAGCCCAGCACCGGCAGUGCUUGAGAAGAAAACUGAGGACGCCCCAACUUAUCCCAAGUUUGUGUUUGAUGACUACAUGAAGCUGUAUUCUGGCCUGAAAUUCCAAGCCAAGGAGCCAAGAUUUGAAGCUAUGAAGGCCAAGGAAUCCACCCCUGUUGCAACUGCCUGA